GCGCUGGGAGCAGCUCGUCUCCAAUCUGUUCGGCCUUGUUGGGCUAUAAUAUGAAUUUUACUGUAGCUCGGACCGAGUUCACAAUGAGGGCGUGGACUUGCACGGUAGCCUCGGCUGGUGCUAAUGUUACAUGCGGGGACUAACGAAGCUAACUUGUCGGUAGCUCGUGCGCGAGCCGGGCUCAAGUCAUGCCUUGAAUAUAUACAUAUAUACACACACACAUAUAUAUAUGUGUAUAUACGUCGUUGUGAGCCGUCAACGUCGGCCAAAGAGGGACUCUGGGCGUCUCUGGCGCUUCUGUUUUUAGCGCUGUGCUGCUGAGCAAUGCGGAAGACAUGUCACCGGAGACACGAGAGCCCUUCUCCUGUGAAAUGUGUCGCUAAAUGUUUAACCGGAGCGGACUCACGAGCCCCGGUCCCGGUACAGCAAUACCGCUAACUGCUAGCUAAAGUGACUGUUAGCUAAAGUUACUGUUAGCUAAAGUGACUGUUAGCUAAAGUUACUGUUUAAGAGUUGUUGCCGUCAACCCCCCCUCAAAAAGAAGUUUCCCCUAAACGUAUGAACGGACUGCUUUACGACGGCAACGACUCGCCACGUUGUUUAAACGGUUUCGUUGGUUGGACGUAGUUGUGUUAGACUUGCUGUGUCACACAACUAACGUUAACAAUGAAUUGAGUCCCGUGAAGGGGAGGAUAACGUGACCGUGCUGGCCUUACAGUGUAACGGUACUGUGAACCCGGGUGUGGAUGACGUAAACCAUGUCUGAACGGGUCCGACUUGGCACCCCUUCAGGCCCUGAUGGACUUCAGCGAGCCCAUGGUACCGUGACCCCCUUACGAACAACAAAGACAGGGCUGAAGGAAGUCACUUUCUACCUCUUCUGUGUCCAACCGUAUUGUCCUCCCGGCCGAUUACAUCCCAUAACUUCUUUAAAGGAUGACAUAGCUGUAACCUCACCAAUUACUCCUCUGUGUGGAGGACACUUCCUACCAUUGGGAGGUUUUGUGUACAGUUGUCUGGCUCAUGGUUCCCUCUGAAGCAUCACAUUCAUCGUCGUCUGAGACGACUUCACUGAAGAACUCCCAAAUGUCGCUUUAGUUGUCUUUUGUGAAAAAGAAAUAGGCGCCCUCGUCCAGACUAUGGAUAUUGUUCUGCCGUAAACUGUUGCUAACGUGAAAAAUAAGUCUCACUUUCUUCUCCAAAAGACUGAAUUCCAACUUUGACUUAGAUGUUUCAAAUCAAUAACACCAAGGUCCCCCGAGAGCGCUGCCAUCAAACCGCAUACAUCUGCGUCGCUCCGACACAUUUUGACUCCGGCAACAUUAAACGGAUCUGUCUUUAAAAUCUCCGGUUUGAAAAGGACUCGUUUGACAGCGUUGAUGAUGUUAAAGUUAAAAGAUGAGUGCCUCAACCGCCUUUGAGCCCGGGCCCCCCUGAUUUCAACACACGGCGAAGGGCAUCGCUUCAACAACCUUCCAGGAAACCCGUACAUCUAGAGAGGAGACAAGGAGGUGUGUUUUGCAGAAACGGACUUGGAGUUCCAGUGCUGGAGCGAAGCAGUGUGUGACUUCAGGAACCAUGUGGAACCCGGUGAACAGCGACGACCAGACGGGACAAGUGGCCGCCAGGAUGGAGACCACUUUGGGUAGCGCGAGCAUCUCCGUCUCCCAGCAGCAGGCGCCCAAGAAAUGUGCGCCCGUGGUCGCCCCCAAGCCCAAGUUCAACCCUUACAAACACGUGGGAGAGCCCGCCUUCUCCGACAGCGCAGUGGACUACCCCCCCCCUCCGCCACCUGCCGAAGAGUCAACCGGUUUCUCACCACCCCCUGGUUCCUUCCCGUCUCCUCCACCGAUGAACUCCUGCGAUUACCAGGUGAGAGGACCGGAGAAGACCCUGGAGGAGAGGCGCUCCAGUCUGGAUGCCGAGAUCGACUCCCUCACAAGCAUCCUGGCCGACCUGGAGAGCAGCUCGCCCUACAAGCCACGCAUCACACAAAACUCCGUAUCCUCGGCAGCCUCCAGCCCCAGCGCUCCAGUGACCGGUUACAAGCGUAUGGUCAUCCCAACCCAGCCGCCUCUGACCGCCACGAAGAAGUCUACGCCUAAACCUCAGGCACCCGGGGGGGUCUCGUCCAUCCCCCCUUCUCCUGCCAGCACUGUGGCCAAGGCUCAAAGCCACACCGGGCCUCAGCCUGUACCGGCCUCCUACGCCACAGCCUCAACCCCGAGCCAGCCUACCUUCAACGUCCAGGUGAGAUCGGCCCAGCCCGGCCCCCAGCAUCAAGCCCCAAUUGGCCAACACUUUGGCCAGCAGCCCAUUCGCAGCCCUGCACAGGUGCAGUACAUGCCUGCCCAGCCCAAAGGUCCCGACUUUGCCUAUGGACCCCCACAGCCUGGCUUUUCCCAGAUGGCGCCGGUGGGAUACCAAGAACAGUACCAUCCAGGAGUACCCCAAGUAGGCGGCUUAAGUCUCAGGAGACCUGAGCCGGCCCCUGUCCAGGCAUACCAACCGUCAGGCCCCAGAAAGACCUACAUCACCGAUGUACCACCAGGCCUGGUUCCCUACCAUGCUGGACCAGCUGUUCCGCCCAAGGGCGGCGCUCACAUGGCCCACCCGGAGGACGAGCUGGAGCGCCUGACCAAGAAGAUGCUGUUUGACAUGGACAACCCGCCGUCCGAGGAAUAUUUUGGGCGCUGUGCCAGCUGCGGAGAGAACGUGGUGGGUGAGGGAACCGGCUGCACCGCCAUGGACCAGGUCUUCCAUGUGGACUGCUUCGUCUGCAUGACCUGCAGCACCAAGCUGCGCGGCAAGCCCUUCUACGCUGUGGAGAAGAAGGCGUACUGUGAGCCGUGCUAUAUUAACACCCUGGAGACCUGCACCAUCUGCAGUAAGCCCAUCAUGGAGCGCAUCCUGCGGGCCACGGGGAAGGCCUACCACCCCCACUGCUUCACCUGUGUGGUGUGCCACCGCAGCCUGGACGGCAUCCCCUUCACCGUGGACGCUUCCAACCACAUCCACUGCAUCGAGGACUUUCACAAGAAGUUCGCUCCGCGCUGCUGCGUGUGCUCCGAGCCCAUAAUGCCGGCACCGGGCCAGGAGGAGACCGUCCGCAUCGUGGCCCUGGACCGCGACUUCCACGUGCAGUGCUACCGCUGCGAGGACUGCGGCUCUCUGCUCUCAGAGGGGGACAACCAGGGCUGCUACCCUCUGGACGGACACGUCCUCUGCAAAAACUGUAACACCAGCCGCAUCCAGGACCUCACCGCCAAGGCCACCACUGACCUCUGAGCGAGCCGCCGCCCGGUCACCUCCACUGUGAUAACCCUCGCUCUCUCCUGUCUGUCGCUCUCGAGCGCAAACGUACAGAUCGACAGACGCUUGCAUUCCUCAGCAUAAAUAUAUAUAUAUAUAUAUAUAUAUGUGUGGGUGUGUAUAUAUAUAUAUAUAUAUAUAUAUAUAUAUGUAUAUAUAUAUUCACUUUCAGUAACAAAAACAUAACUUUCACCUGCAUACAUGUAUGUAUUGACUCAGCGGUACAAUCAGCAGAAGAUGUCUUUUUGUUUUUCUGUGCUGUGAAAGGAACAUUUUGGGAAAUACGCUGAUACCCUUUCUGACAGUUAGAUGAUACCACUGUCAUGUCAUGCAGCGCUUUUUAACCUUGUUAAGAAAAGUGCUAUAUAAGUAAAUUAUUAUUAUUAUUAUUAUGUCAGUCCGCUAAAUAUGAAGCUGAAGUCAACAGGCGGAUAGCUUAGCUUAGCAUGAAAAACAACCAGUCUGGCUCCAUCCAUAAUAGUUAUUUUAAAUAAGCAAAGAAAUAAUUAAGUAAACUGCAACUUGUCACUUUUAAACUUCUGUUUGUAUACAAAUAAAUAAAAAGAUGGAGUGCUGGUAGACAGAGCCCGGCUAGCUGUUUCCCGUCUUCAUGCUAAGCUAAACUUAUGAUGCUAAACCAUAUAUACAUAUAUAUAUAGAUGGAUCUUCUCAUCUAACUCCCUAUAAGCGUUUCUCAAAAUGUCUCAAUGCAAAUUGCUUAAAAUCCCUCCAAAUCCACCAGUUAACACUUGCAGUAUACAUCAUCAUAGUGUUAUUAUCUCAUAUCAUAAUCAGCCAGGUUUGUGCGCAUGCCGGCCCAACUUUAUUUUUGGGGUCUAAAAUGCAUGCACAAAUGUCCAGCCCACUCGCCUGCUGGGCGUGUGUGUGUGUGUGUGUGAGUGUGUGAGUGUGUGUGUGUGUGUGUGACUGCGUCAGUAUUUAGAAAAGCCAUGAGCACACAGUGUGUUGGCGAGGACCUUCUCUGUAUUCUUUCGUGUUUGAUUCAGUCCACAGACGGUACUCGGAUAGGAAAAGCAUUAUAAAACAAGUGAACACCAAAGAAUUGAAUUUAAGCUUCCGUAUUCACUGCGUGCGUAUCCACAUGCGACCACAUUACACGUUCCAUGUUAUUGAUCGGGACCAUAGGAAUCACAACGUGUAGCCCGCGGUGUCCUCUCGGGCAGCUGUUGAUGCGAGUCCCUUUUUAGCUCAGCGUUUCCUUUUGUACUUUCCUAUCGAAUUUGCUUCUAUGCGAACAGCAGAUGAUUUCCUGGUGGCCUGAACAGUACAAUCAUGGCUCUCCAUUCAUAUCGAUUCGGCCGAAUGUUUGAGUUGAACUAUAUGUAACUCUUUCUGUCAUUCAAAGCGACACACAUUAGAUUAGUGGUUGUAGUGUACGCAGUCCGGCAGAGAAAACGGGUUAGAGAUGGCUAUGCAAUUUUUGAUGUUAAUUGCAUCGACACUUUAUCAGAAAUUUUUAUGAAUAAGGAAAUAUUUUACCUGUACAGAUUGGAGCACAAGUGUCCUUAUAGUAAUCCUUUAAUCAAAAACUAUGCUGUUGGUACUGUGUGACGUUGUGUGUCACUGGGCUGUAUGUCAGAAUUGAUUGUGGGACUCAUCUUUUAUAUUUAGUGUUUGUUUCGAGUCGAUGGGCAAAGAAGGGACCACGAGAGCUUCCCCCACCCAAAAGAAUGAUUUCACUAUUUUGUUCCCUUCAGGAAUGCCAGUCAGCUGACGGCCAUUUUGACUGAUUUAAUAGUUGCUUCAUUAUAAUUACUACAGCAAUCCGAUGACGAGGCGAGUUAAAGGUACCCGGUGGAGUUUUUGACCACUAGUGGCGCUGUUUUUCAUGAUCGGGUCCCCCAUUGAAGGCGCACACUGAACCAUACGGGGAGGUAGGGGCCUCCGGUGAAAUCUGAUUGGCCGAUAGGUUGCAAGCCAACGGGGUCGCAAAAACGACACCUUAGAUGCAAAAUGAAAACUGCUCUGUAAAAACAACGUUGUGUUCAUCUUUCAGUCGUGGGGUCCUAUAUAGAAGGGGGAGGGGGGUGGGGUGGGUCUUUACAUGUCUGUGUCCAAGGCUCGAUGUGUCUGCAAAAGCAGUAAAGACAACGACAACUAGCGAGCAAAUAUGGAUGUAAACGUUGCACAUUUUAAAUUAUACAAACAAUUUAUUUUUCUUUUGUAAAUGCCUUUUGAGAAAAGACAUUAAUUCAACACAUUUUGCAUUUUUUGGUGUUGAAUUUGUUUGCAAGAAAACUCCACAGGGUACCUUUCAACAACAAAGACAAUGUAGUUGAUAAGCACUGAGCGGCCUGUUUAUCGGCCGGAUUGGUUCACAGUAUUUCCCCAAAUUCAGAUUCCAGAUAUCUUGUGCAUGUGGAUGGAGAUAUUAUGAACAAAGCAACGUAUUGUAAUCUUCAGAGAACUCUCUUGUCCUCCACAUUGAGAUGUGGGUGUUUGCUGCCUCUCUUUGGAUACAAGAAAGGGGUUCUUACACCCUGUAUCUACUGUAAACAGCCAGUCUGGUUACAUCAAGGUCUUUGUGAUGGAGUUGACUGUGGCCAUGUUUAAACCGGGGUAAAGGCUUUGUAAAUAACUGUGCUAAUAAGCUUGUUAAUAUAUUCACUCUUGCACCAAAGUAGAGAAAAACUGUUAAAAAUCUGUGUUGAAGUGCCAGUGAGAGCUGAGAGCCGGCCCCCCAGAAGGUCUAGGCCACCUAAACUCAUCCAGUUCACCGGUCACAUACAAAAACAACAUCAACAACAAACACAUUGACAACUCAUAACCAACAAGUGCAGAAACACUAUUUAUAUUCUUCUCCAGCUGUUUUUUAUGAAUCUUAUAUUACCAGUUAUUCAAAAUAGAUUACUAUGAAUAGACCAAGCUGUGGGAGAAGAGCUGUGUCUCCCAAGUUACCGACGAUAUUUACUCCUAUAUUAUCUCUCACAGUAUGAGGACAUAUCACACCAGCCACCCAAGGUCUAUACUCGGAGCCCGGCUCAGUCGCCGUCUCCCUGUUGGCCGCCCGUGAGAGGUGGAUACCGGGACGUCCGAGGCGAUAAUUAGACAGCAGCGCCAAAGGUACAAGGGUACAAGGGUACAAGGUACAAGGGUACAACGGUACAACGUGGUGACUUCAAAGUGACCACAUCCUGUUAAGGCGCCCCUGAAGCCAGUUGUGACCAUUGCACAGCCGAGCCAUUCCGGUGUUGUGUUUUAACUUGAUUUUUUCAAUAAUGUGGAAGGUAAAUGUGGUCAUUUGUAGCAAAUAUCCCCGAACGACAGAUGGGCGAUGUUAGCCGCUAGCUGGAGAACUUAGGGGAGCACGUGUCUGUUGCUGCGCCUAAAAGGCUAAAAAUGGGAAUUUUAUCAGAUUAUUUAAGACAAGUUAGCAAGUGCUUUUAAAAAAAAUACAUUAUGUAAGUAUAGGCUGCAAACUGUGUUUAUCUGGUUUUAAAUGAUUUUGAUCAAACAUUUCAAAAUGUGUUAUUAACGUAUUAGCACGUGCUUUCUACAAAACCUACCCUGGCGGUCAGAGUCAACCUCAAUGUGCCAAUCUCCUGUUUACGGUAUUAUCAUUUAGUUUCUUAGUUGUAUCUUCGGUCACGAAGCUCGAUGCUACAAGUAUAUAGAAAAUAAAAAAGAGCCUCAUGAUUUUUAAUUUAAUUCGCUCAGUGUAUUUGUUAUUUCUCCCGUGUUUGUAAAAGUGCCUUUAACCUGAGCGCCACCGCAUCGCGGUGUUGCCGCUCAAAGAGACGUUGCGUCAAGUCUGCUGCCAGGCGGUAAACGACGAGGCGUCGGCGGAGCGGCGCCGAGCUUGACCCUGUUUCUCAUGUGUUCUUGAUCUAUGGAGGGGGAGGGGGCAUGCAGUCUACCGUUGUUUUCUCUUCUUCAAUAAAAGCUUUGCAACAGCA